AUGAGGACCAACGCCAAGUCCUCUCACGGCCAGAGAGGGAUACCACAGCUUCUCCAAGACCCACUUUCACCGCUUACAGGGUUUCAUGGUGACGAUGGCUCCAGUUUUACUGUCACAUGGGUUGGAGACGGGACAGGAGUAAUCUUGGUGUUGUCUACAAUCAGUGCUCCUCUAGAUUCCUUCUUCGAGGGCGGUUCUUCACGAUUGUACCGCAGUGCAGACUAUGGCAAGUCUUUCCAUGAUAUUUCUCAUCUCAUCAACAACACCUUCAUAAGGAAGGAAUUUGGACUUCUGGCUGGACCAGGGAACUCUCAACAGGUGAUUCUGACUGCAGACACACCGGUUUUGGACAACCCCGGUGGCGUCAUCUUUACCUCAACUGAUGCCGGAGUGUCGUUUAAGUCUGUUCAGCUGCCUUUUCACCCGGCCCAGCCAAUCACCUUCCACUUCUUGAAUCCCGAGUACUUAGUGGUUAUCAGCAUAGAUGGCGGCCUGUGGCUUUCUCUGGACUUUGGGGCUGUGUGGACAAAGGUUCACGAAGGAACACAAUCUUUCACGUGGGGCUCCGGCAUCACUCUCUUCUUCAGCUUCAGUCCCAAAGGAACAGUGGAGGCAGACAGAAGAGGAGAGCUGUUCCUGAAGAGGACAGAAGACCUGGGGAAGACGUUCACCACCGUGGCACACAGCAUCUUCUCCUUCGGCUAUGUAGGAAGCUUCCUCUUCACCUCAGUCAUAGAGACACUGGGAGCCCCACGUGUCAUCUAUGUGUCCUCAGACCAAGGGGACCACUUCAACAAGGCCCAGCUCCCCUCCGCCUCCACUGAGCAGUUCUACUCGGUUCUGGAUGGGGAUGAGGACAUGAUCUUCAUGCAUGUGGACAAUCCAGGAGGUACUGAAAGCUACUUUGGGACGGUGUACACGUCAGAUGACCGGGGCAUCCUGUACUCUAAGUCUCUAGAGCGCCACCUCUUUGGUGGGGAAGGGAAGAGCGACUUCACCAACGUCACCUCCAUGAGAGGAGUGUACCUCACCAACGUACUGGAGGAGGACGGCCGCAUUCGGACAGUCAUUUCAUUUAACCGAGGGGGAGAGUGGACACUCCUCAACAAGCCCCAGAAUGUUGAGUGUGGUGAGGAUUCAAGAAAUGAUUGUAACUUGCACAUCCACGGUGAGCACAGUCGCUACAACGGCAUCACUCCCAUGCUGCCUCUCUCUGACCCCACUGCCGUUGGCCUUGUCAUCGCCCACGGCAGUGUGGGGGACUCCAUCUCGUCAACACGGCCUGACGUGUACGUGUCAGAGGACGGGGGGUACAAGUGGAGGGGUUCCUUGAGGGGGCCCCAUCACUACAGCAUCCUGGAUGCUGGGGGGCUCGUCGUGGCUGUGGAGGCCCACCCCAUGGACGGCCAAAUCAACACCAUCAAGUUCUCCACAGAUGAGGGCCAGUGUUGGAAGGUGUACAACUUUACAGAGCAGCCCAUCUUCUUCGCUGGCCUGACAUCCGAGCCGGGCACCAAGACCAUGAACAUCAGCGUGUGGGGCUACCGGCCCGAGGACGACCACCAGCCCAUGUGGGUGGUGGUCACCAUUGACUUCCAGAGUCUCCUCACCAGAGAGUGUGGUAACCAGGACUAUGUUCAGUGGUUGGCCCAUGCCAGAGAGGGCGGGGACUUGGCCACAGAGGGGUGUGUCUUGGGCUACAAGGAGAUCUUCAGGAGGCUGAGGAAGCUGUCCGUCUGCAGGAAUGGACGGGACUACGUGGUGAGCAGGCAGAAAAGCCCCUGCCCCUGCACCAGAGAGGACUACCUAUGUGACUAUGGUUACUAUCGUCAUGAGAACAGCUCAGAGUGUAUGAGACAACUGGACACUGCAGACCACGCCCUGGAGGUGUGUCUAAAUGGAGAGGAGGAGGAGCUUAGGACGUCGGGGUACCGUAAGGUUCCCAGUGAUAAGUGUGAGGGAGGUUUCACUCCCCUGCACAGAAAGGAAACAGUCAACAGUCAUUGUGGGAACUCCAGUCAGCCCCCCACUGCCAGCCCAUAUUCUGAAACCCCGCUUCAGGACGACGACUGCUCCAUUGCCGCCGACCCAGAGAGUGUCGCCAGUAGCAACGGAACAUCAGUCUUCCAAGUGGAUUCAGAUGAUGAUCUUAUUCAAUGA